GUAAUUGUUUUGGACAGCUGUUAGAGUAAUCCUGAUAAGAUAGACAAUGUCGAGCAUCUACAGCAGAUGGAAAACUCCUUGAAGGAAUCACUUAACCAGAUUCGCUUACACAAGGAUAAUAUCGGAAAACACCAACUUCUGUCUCUAGACUGCAGUAACCAGUUCCAGAAUGGGAUGCAUAUGCCAUUAAUGAUGGGUGGUAUACAAGAAUGUCAGCCAUUAUCAUGGCUUUCGAGUAAUGAGAAUAAACAAAUGUUGUUGUCUGAAGAGCCAAACUUUUUGUCUCACAGGUCUACACUCCGAGGAUUGCGCCUUAUGCGAGGAAUUUGAUGUGGUUCGUGAGCAAUGGGCUAAGUUUUUUACCAGCAAGUAUUUAUUAUUGGCUUUAGCGCGCUUGAUCGAGUUGGUUUAGUUGUUAUAGAAUAAAUUUUAUAUUAAAAUGUAUGUUUAUGUUGAAAUUGGAACAUAUGUUUAAAUGUAAUAUGUGCACUUUGGUUUUGGGAUAUAUAGUAUACAAAA